UCGCCGUGCGUCACACCCCGCCGGGGGCCGCGAGCCUUCACCUGCCGUCACCUCGCCGCCUCCCCGAGAGCAGGCUCCAGACGGGGCUGCGCAGCGGGCAGAGGAUGGCCGACGGUGAGUUUGGGUACGUUCUCACGCUGGCCCGGGACUAUACGAAGCACGUUCUGCAGGGGCCCCAGCCCGGGUCCCACCUAAGCAGAGUAUCCCAAGUGCUACAAGACGUGGCCUUCUCGGUCCAGGGGGAGGUCGAGAAGAAGUUGAAGCCAUGCCUGGACAAGUUCCACGUGGUGUCGGUAGACACGGCCAGGACGAUAUUCCACCAAGUGAUGGAAAAGGAAUUUGAAGACGGCAUCAUUAACUGGGGCAGGAUUGUGACAAUAUUUGCGUUUGAGGGCAUCCUCAUCAAGAAGCUUCUCCAGGAGCGGAUCGUCCCAGACGCGGACGCGUUUAAGGUUUCCUACUUUGUCGCCGAGUUCAUCACGAAACACACGGGAGAAUGGAUCCGGCAAAACGGAGGCUGGAGCCCUGGGGCUGCCUCCGCCAGGGAGCCCUCGGAGAUCUGCCUGCCUGCUGACUGUGUCCUUUUGUCUUCAGCCUCGUUGAUGUUCAACCAGCUGCUGAAACCGUGA